CUGCACAGAUUUUUGUAAUGUGUACGAUCACUCUGAUUGGCUAUCAAGAGGGGUUAUCAACGCACGAGCUCUGCUUUGCUUGGAGUCUUUGUGUUAUACUUGUGUAUUAGGUGUUGUUUUGUUUCCUAUUGUAUUUAAGGUAUUUAUUUAGUUGUUUUUUUUUAAAGCCACCAACAUGUCUAUCCUAAACGCGCUAAGGAGUGAUUCGUAUGUUGAUAUCAGCCAGUACAGAGACCAGCAUUUUAAGGGAAAUAGGUAUGAACAAGAGAAACUCCUGAAACUGAGCUGCUCGCUCUAUGUGGGAAAUCUGUCCUUUUAUACAACAGAAGAACAAGUUUAUGAACUCUUCUCCAAAAGUGGUGAUGUGAAACGAAUUGUCAUGGGUCUGGAUAAAGUCAAGAAGACUGCGUGUGGAUUCUGUUUUGUGGAAUACUAUACUCGUGCUGAUUCAGAGCAUGCUAUGAGGUUCGUUAAUGGCACAAGGUUGGAUGAUCGCAUAAUCAGGACAGACUGGGAUGCUGGCUUCAAAGAAGGCAGACAGUAUGGCCGCGGCAAAUCUGGUGGACAGGUUAGAGAUGAAUACAGACAAGAUUAUGAUCCUGCCAGAGGUGGAUAUGGAAAGAUCAUAAAGAAAUAAUUCAAGAGGAAAUGCUAUUUUUGUUUUAAUAAAUUUGUAUUGUAUAGGCACUAUUUUAGUUUAGUUAAAAGGUUGACUUUUUUUUUUAAACAGUUGAGCACCAUCCUACAAAGGUGCUGAUGAAGUAUUCCUUUUUGUUUCAGUACAUUUUGAAAUAAACUUGAUCUUGACUUGGUUCAUGGAAGAGGCCACAACAAACAUACAAUGUUACUAUUACAUUUUUUUCAGUAAUAAAAAGGAUGCAAGAUUUUGCUUGUCUUGGUAAAUGGGGCUUGCCAAAGUAUUGGCUGCUUAUUCUGGAACAUCACUAACUGUAGAAAACAAAUACACCACAUACCUUUUAUUUUUGUUUUAACAGCCAGUAUUAUAAUUUGUAAAACUGCAAACAGAAAAAAAACUUGCAUCCAGAAAUAUUUGUAUUCAAAAGAAACAAGUCUAAAUAAAUAAAUACAACACUCUGUCACAACAA